AUGUUGCGCCCAUUUGGAACGCCAAACCUCGUCGUUGCGUUGUUUUUUCUUUCCCUCAACAAUGUUUUCUACCCUGUGAGUGGGGAAGAAGUAGAGGGAGCAUGCCCAAAGAAUCCGUGUGAGAUCAAGGUCAUUGCUGCACCAGGACCCCCCGGACCUCCAGGCCCUCCAGGUCCGGUAGGUGAUGGCGGGGGCACAGUGUCCGUCGGACCGCCGGGGCCUCCGGGACCGUUGGGGCCUCCAGGACCGCCGGGGCUUUCAGGACGGCCGGGUCCCAAAUGCAAACCUGGCUGUAUCCCAGACAUGCUUGGGCCAAGGGACGGGCCACGUGGAUAUCCUGGACCGUCUGGACCGCCUGGACCGCCUGGACUGUCUGGACGGCCUGGACUGUCUGGACCGUCUGGACCGCCUGGAUCUCCUGGACAGAGAGGCCCGCCUGGACCCAGCCCUCCCGCCGUGGCGUUUUUUGCGGCUCUAAGCUCCGGCACAGACGUCCUUGCACCCGUGCUGGCAUACGAUGUCAUCCACACCAACGUGGGCGGAGGCUACGACAGGGAGACCGGGAAGUUCGUGGCCACGACGCGCGGCGUGUACACCUUCACAUUCACGGCGAGGAAGGGCGCAGCGGCCGACUCCCGGUGCACCGUUUCGCUGGUGAAGAAUGGGGUGAAGAUCGUGUCUCUGACCGCACAGGGCGGUCAGACCCACGCAAGCAGCACCGCCGUCUUACUCCUCAGGCGCACGGACCAGGUAUGGAUGAUGCUCUCCGACGGGUACCUAGAGAGUGAUGCCAGCGGAGAAGCCACCUUCUCUGGAGUACUGAAUGCUUUGGAAGACGAGUAG